AAUAAUUAUUUCAAGGGAACAAGACUGCAUGACCCAGAAAGGUCGAAAAACGAGCGUGUCUAAUCUCUGUCGAUCUUUCUAAAGCAUUAAGAGUCAAACUAGGGAAUUCCCUGAGCAGUUUAGGACAUUCUGUGCCAAUAUAUGUGUGAAUUUAUGAAAACUGGAGUCUUAAAGACUGCACCAAAAUAGCGGGGAUGUUUUUGGAAAAUCGGUUAGAUAUGCAUACAUCAUAUAUUUCAAAGGGUCGAAGUACAGGCAUCACCGUACCACGCUCACAUGGAUCUUUACAUGGAUCUCAAUAGUUACGAAUAACCAAAGGACGGCCAAGAACUCUAAUACGUACAUGUAUAAAAUGAAGUUGGCCUUGGCUGCCUUGAGUCUCCUUCUUUCGAACUACAUGGAGUCAGCCGAGACAAUUGAAGAUUUGGUUGUCAAGUAUUACGACAAGAAUAUCAGCACAAUUGACCUCCUUAAAAGACUAAACGUGAGUUACUCGCGUUUUGAUAUGCAAGAAAUUAAACGUUGUUUGUUAAGUUAUUCGUGCGAAAAAGUAUGCCCUUUAGAUAACGAAGACAAAGAAAGAAUGGAGAAGAAGAUGUGUUACUGUGACAAGUUAUGUGUUGAGCUUGGUGACUGCUGUUUUGACUACUUCCUAAGGUUAGUGCCUUAAAUUCUCUUUCCAAAUGGGGUACACAUUCCUUAUAUUUUGGAUAACAAAUGUCUAUUUUUUAAAAAAAUGUGACUUACCCAUGAGGUUAAUGAAGUUUUUCCACCGAGAUUGCUAAGCCUCAUUUAAACGUUUACUGCUUCAAUAUUAAUAUAGGGCUGUAGAUCUGCACGACGCUGACGAUGUAAGAACCUGGAGAACAAUCUGUCCCAGGUGACACAUAGUGAGGUCUCUUCUGUGCCCGCCGUCCUGGUGUUUGUAGCAAUUUGAACUUUUGUUUUGUUUCCUUUUGAUUCUUUGAAUAGCUGAUUGAGUAGCUUAAAUUUAAUUCUUAUGAGUACCCUGGAUCCACUGUAAUUGGUUACGCUGUAGAGGUCUCCCUGCCUAAUGAAUUUUGUUGUAUAUGAGUUAAGUAUUUUAGUUAGGCGAAUUUAAAUAAAAAAUAAAAAAUAAAUAAAUAAAUAAAUAAAUGAAUAAAAUAAAUAAAUAAGUAGCGAUGACGCAUUCUCUUUGAGCAAUGUUAGUGCGACACUUUUUCUCUUUAAGAACAUUGCCUGCGGGAGUUACCGAACUUUGUUUAGUCUGCCUACAUUUAGCUGCCCAAAGUACUUAGCGACAGAGCAAUUCAACUGAAAUUGACUACAUUCCUUCAAAAGUCAAAUUUUAAUGCAAUGGUGUCGAUUGCAAUUUUUAAACCAAUUACAGAUUAGAAAAUUCAAGCAAGCACCACAAAUCACGAAAACAUCUUCCCGGUGGGAACAGGCAAAAAAAUUCUAAGUAAUUUGAGACUCAUGGAAAAAAAUGUUGUCAAGAAUGCGCCCGAAUGAACGUACGUCGACGCCCGCCACUGUACAGACACCUGUAUAAUUGUGUUGCUACGCAGGAAGAGGACAUCGACAUUUAUAUCCUGUGGAUAGUGUUGAUCAUCAAAGGUUAAAAUAACCUAUAUAUCAUUUUCUUUUAAUCCACGUCUUUAUUAAAUUACACGAGUAUUAGAGAUUUGUUUUACGCCAGUUCAAGAGGGCGUCAGCCUGGAUGGGCUGUACAUUGACCACCUGACUCGGGGGAGAAAUGGGUGGUGAUUAAAAAUGCCCCAUUACGAGGGCGUUAUAUCCAUCUUGAAUUAUAUACCUCGCUACCCGCUCAUAAUCUUACCUAUCUACCUUUACUACCCUAUCUACCUUUACUACCCACUUACCUACGCAACCACCCAACCUCUGGCUGAUUGAUUGACUCGGAACGACUCGGUUAGUCCAGAUUUUGUAAUUUCGUAACUAAUGAAAACUGUUGCUAUUGUUUUCUGAAGAUGUAGCGCUGCCAACACGUAUCAAUCUCAGCUUCCUAAACGAACCUGUGUAAAGCAGUUCAAUUUAGAUAAAUAUGGCUACGCCAUGGUUAGCAGCUGUCCAGCACACAACACCGACAAGAAUCUAGAAUCCUUGUGUACUGCCAGAUCUACUAAAGCUGACCUCUUUGGAAUGCUGCCCGUGUCAGACUUAGAGAAUAUGACAACAUACAAGAAUGUAUUCUGCGCCAUUUGCAAUGAAGCCAUAAAUCUGACGUACUGGAAGUUUUCCGCAUCAUGCGCAGGUUUCAGUUCUCAUGACAUUCCAACAAACAGAUCGCAGAUAUUAGAGGUUAUAAUGACGGAAUGUAAAUGGUACUUUGAGCCGCUCCGUGUUCAGAAUGAAAAAGUAUGCCUAGCUUUAGAGCACAAUUGUCCAGACUCAGAACUUGUUGAUGAGGAACCGCUACUACGAGAUUUGUGUUCAUUUUACGUCGUUCCUGUCUGUCCAUAUACUCACACAGAGAACCCGCAUUGUGAUAUUUGCAAAGGGACAGAAAUAAGUGGGUAUUCAUGUAUGGAAAAAUUACCAGAAAAAGGACCCCCAGGCGUUAUACCUUCGUUGAAUAUCUUGUUUGGUUUUUCGUCUUCUUCUCAUUCGCUUCAAGUGGGAGAUACGAAGACUGUUGUCAGGAACAAAGUGUGUGCCAAGGGUUUCGUUUUUGACCCCUUCAAUGAAAAAUGUGUGCAAAUUUAUUCCCCCAUGUCGGACCCCGAAAUGGAUUUGGCGAACAUCAGUGGCUCAAAAAACAGAUCGAAUAUCAAGGUUUUACCGGAAGGAACUUAUAUGAAUUGUUCCUAUGUCAAGAUGAACAUCAGUUCAGUAACUCUUCUGGCUAACGGUUCGAUAUGGAUUCCUUCACACAAAAGAAUAUACAACGAAGAAAGGUACACCAUUAAUGGCUCUUCACUGCUCCUUUGUGCAGACUUCAGACAGUUUUACACUGUAACCGAGGCCCUUGUGUCUACGAAGAUAUUACCGCUUCAGAUAAUUACAUACAUUGGCUGUGCCAUCUCCAUGAUAUCUUUAAUUUCUCUCCUGGGUAUCUACAUUGCUCUGCCAGAACUCAGAACAUUACCUGGGAAGAACCUCAUCAGUCUGUCAUGUGCAAUGCUUCUGUAUCAUAUUUUCUUCUUGAUGACCGGACAGACGAACAAGCCAAAACUUUGUAUGGCUGUUUCCGUCCUGCUUCAUUUCUUUUUGCUGUCUUCAUUUUGCUGGAUGGGCGUGAUGGCUUUUGAUGUUAAAAAGACUUUUGGAGCAAAAGGACAAACCCGAUCUGGUCAUGAUGACAACAGGAAAGCCUUAGUAAAAUACAGUCUCUUUGCCUGGAUUACCCCCGCUGUUAUUGUGAUCACUAGUGUGACUCUCGAUAAAACACAAACUGUUAUCAUCGGAUACGCUGAAGUAUUCUGUUGGAUUUCUAAUGGAAGGGCACUUCUAUUGGUUUUUGGCGUUCCUGUGGUAAUCAUUCUGGUCUUUAACGUCGUGGCUCUCACUUUGACGAUGAUUUCAAUUUGGAAAAUACGAAAGUCCACUCGUCGCGUGGCAGAUCAGAGUAACCAGACCAGCCUGCCUAUCCUGUACAUCAAGCUGUCGUCGGCAAUGGGAUUUACCUGGAUACUGGGUUUCAUCGAGCCAUUCACUCAAGUUGAAUUUCUUGCUUAUCUCUUCGUCAUUUUAAACAGCCUUCAAGGAUUCUUCAUUUUCCUCGCUUUCGUGGCAAACAAAAGAACAAUCAACAAACUGAGAGCUGGUUGGAUGGCACGAUUUCAUCGAUUGAAAAAUCCGGACAAGGCCACUCCCCACUCCAGGAAAACUUACACCACCAAGCUCGCCACAACGGCUUUGUAGUUUAUUCGUGACCAAUCCAUUUUGAACGUUUGUUCAUUUAAAACCUUCGAGCGGAUAAACCUUAAUGUCAGUGACUUUUCCUAAAGUUUAACUGAGAAUAACUUGGCAUGAACUCGAUUAAGGGUCAAGGGUCAAGGUCAACUUUAUUUAGGCAGGGUGGCCCAAUCAGCACUUGGCUGGUAUCAAAAGGGGCCCUGCGUAAAUUAAGACUACAUUAAAUUUCUAUACAUAGAGAUUAACGUUUACAAUUAUAAAAAAUUAAAAAUA